AUGUCCAACAGCAGCUCCAUCACCCAGUUCCUCCUCCUGGCAUUCACAGACACUCAGGAGUUGCGGCUCUUGCACUUCUGGCUCUUCCUGGGCAUCUACCUGGCUGCCCUCCUGGGCAACGGCCUCAUCAUCACCACCAUAGCCUGGGACCAGCACCUCCACACCCCCAUGUACUUCUUCCUGCUCAAGCUCUCCCUCCUCGACCUGGGCUCAAUCUCCACCAUUCUCCCCAAGUCCUUGGACAAUUCCCUCUGGGACACCAGGGCUAUCUCAUUUUUGGCAUGUGCUGUACAAGUCUUUAUCUUUCUCUUGUUUAUUGCAGCAGAGGAAGCUGGGCUUAUUGUGGUUAGUGUCUGUUUAGGAUUUGGAUGUUUUGUGUUCACUGUGCUGUCCUAUGUGCAGAUCUUCAGGGCGGUGCUGAGGAUCCCCUCUGAGCAGGGACGGCACAAAGCCUUUUCCACCUGCCUCCCUCACCUGGCCGUGGUCUCCCUGUUUAUUUGCACUGGCGUGUUUGCCCACCUGAAACCCCCCUCCAUCUCCUCCCCAUCCCUGGACCUGCUGAUGUCCGUUCUGUACUUGGUGGUGCCUCCAGUUGUGAACCCCCUCAUCUACAGCAUGAGGAACCAGGAGCUCAAGGAUGCCCUGAGGAAACUGAUGACUGGAUUAUUUUCUAAAGCAAUAAUCUGA